AUGAGUUUGUAUAAUAAAUUAUCUUAGAAAAUUGCAGCGUUAGAAAUAAAAGAAAAAAGGGUUGAUCUUUCAAAUGAUUAGAAUGGAAAAUCAUAUUCAGGAAAAAUAGAAAUCAAAAAUAAGCACUCAUCAGAAGUUGCUUUUAAGGUUAAGUGCAAUUAUACAGCUUUCUAUUCAGUUAAACCUUCUACUGCUAUUUUACAUCCCAAUGAAAAGAUAUAAUUAAGUGUAUAAAUGCAUAUAAACGCUUUAAAAUCGAACUUUGGUUAACAUAAAAUUUAAAUUUUGGCAUACAUUCUUGAAGACCAAGAUAAAUAAAAACCUAUUGAUGCUAAUUCUAUAGAUAAUUAUUUUAAAGGUGAGAAUGCAAAUAAAUUGCAAAAGAAAGUACUAGAUAUCCACAUAGCUUAAAUAGAUAAAUUAGAUAUGUCUCAAAUUUAAGAAGUUGCUGAAGUGAAUGAUUAAUUAGAAAGCGCUAGAGGAAGCCUUUAAUAUUAAAAUAUAACCAAAUUAUAGUAAGAUCUAGGCUAGGAAGCUGUAGAAAAAAGAUAAACUGAGCUUUAAACUGAGCCAAUUCAAUUACCAACUAAAAGAGAAUAUUAUGGUAGAUAAGCAUCAGAUAUGGAGUAUAAGUAUAGUAUUUUAAAAUAGAAAUUAGAAGAAUAAGAAGCAAUUUAAGUAAAAAUUGAAAAAGAAAUAUAAUUUUAUGAGUAAAAAUAAAAAGAAGUUUAAGAUUAAACUACAAACACUAAAAGAAAUCUCAAUUCUUUAAUGAUGAUCGUUUACUUUUUAGUAGGAGUGCUUAUUUGUCUAUUUUUAAAAUCUUAAAAUAUCUUAUUUUUCAACAAAAGCUGA